AUGAAAAGAGCUAGAGAUAUACGUGACCAGCUACUUGGACUUCUAAACAAGAUUGGAGUAGAACUUACUUCCAACCCGAAUGAUUUUGACGCAAUAAAGAAAGCCAUCUUGGCCGGAUUCUUCCCACAUUCUGCAAAGUUACAAAAGAAUGGAUCGUACAGAAGAGUGAAAGAACCUCAGACAGUUUAUGUACAUCCUAACUCGGGCUUAUUUGGGGCAUCACCUAGUAAGUGGUUGGUGUAUCAUGAACUAGUACUUACUACCAAGGAAUAUAUGAGGCAUACAACCGAGAUGAAACCCGAGUGGCUAAUUGAAAUAGCUCCUCAUUACUACAAGCUUAAAGACAUCGAAGACAGUCGGCCAAAGAAAUCACAGAGAAGCAGCGAAAGAGCCUCGACGUCGAAGGUUGAUACUAACAAGAAAACCCGGACAUGGAAGGUUGAUACUAGCAAGAAAACCCGGACAUCGAAGGUUGAUACUAGCAAGAAAACCCGGACAUCGAAGGUUGAUACUAGCAAGAAAGCAAAGAGGUAA